AUGUCGUCCUUCAAUCCCAAGAAACGCCGUCGCGAAAAAGUCAAUGUGGACAUCAAGCUUGUAGAAAUAUAUGAUGAUCUGGGCAAUGAGAACGAUGAAAUCAGACUCAAAGCUGCCAGUGAGCUGCUCUCGCGGUUUACGCCAGAGGCAAACCCAGCGCCGGAAGAUGUUGAGAAGGCUCUGUUGCGACUAUUCAGGGGACUCUGUAGUAGUCGCAAGGCCGCCAGGCUUGGGUUUUCAAUUGCUCUGACGGAGUUGCUCUGCAUGCUCUUUGGUCCGACUGGGGGUGAACGGAAGAAUGGACUUGCAGGGUGGGAUGUAUCCAAAGCAAUUGAUCUUCUGGAGUCGAAUACGAACACUACCAAUGCUGAGUCUGGACAGGAAGAAAGAGACCGCCAUUUUGGCAGGCUGUUCGGCGCAGAAGCUAUCUUGAAAAGCUAUAGUCUGUUCCAGCCCGGCGUCCCGUUUGAGCAUUGGACUAGACUGCUCUCUCUAGUGUUUGAAUUGGCCAACAAGAAGCCAUGGCUGAGGGAAGAGUGUGGAUAUAUCAUCUUCAUCGCCAUUCGUGAUAUUGGUGCACGAAACAGAGAUACCAAAUAUAUUGACUCUGCUCUUGCUGCCUUAUGCGAGAAUAAUCUGGCCAAAACUCCUGAAGGCAUUGCCAUCUGGCUGGCUGCCAUGGAUCUAUCUUGCUCUCCGGCAGUUGCCUUUCCUUCUGGCGUUUGGAGCCACGAUCACCCUUUGAACUCGCGCGAGAAGGCAUCUUUGGCUAAGAUUAUGAAAGAGUCUUCCGGUCAAGAUGCUUCCAAUGGCGAAGAGGCAAAAGUUAAGAGCUCCGGAGUUUGGAAUCCAAAACUCCCUUUUGCAUGGGACCCAAUUCUCACCAAGCUAUAUUCUACGCCUGUCGAAAAGGCCCAGAACGAGAGUAAGGGGAAGAAAGAAAAGUCAGCACAGUUGUCAUUUAUCGAUUUCUGGACCGAAGUCGUUGACUGUGGAUUAUUUGCCGCCGCUUCGUCGGAAGAACGCAAGUACUGGGGUUUCCUCGUAUUUAUGAAAGUCCUCAAAGAAGGCUCAGUCGAGGUAGCUAGUCAGAUCUUCACGCAGAACUUCAUGCGCUGUAUGAUGAAUCAACUUGCCGUCGAAGACAGGUACUUGCAUAAAAUCGCCGUCAAGGCCGCCAAGUCGAUACAGACUCGUGCUUCAAAGGAGCCAGACUUUGCUUAUCCUGCCUUAUGCGGCCUUAUGGGACCGCGGGGCGCGGUCAACUUUGACCAAAUUGCCAAAGUCAAGGUUGUCGAGAAGAUCGUUACUGAUGUAUCUCACACUGCAAUUAAGAAGCUUGUGCCAUUCUUUGAAGGGCUGAUUGUCAAUCCGGAAGCUGAUGAUAAGGCGGCUGCAUCAAGGCGCCAACUUAUUGCCAACUUCCUGCAAACCAUUGUCAAAUCUGUCAUGACUUCGGCUAAGGAGAAUGAUUCCGACGAACUAGAUGCAGCCGUUGAGGUGAUCAUCCUGACGCUUGCUAAGUACACUUACUUUUCGGGCGAAGCUGCUAAGCCUACUAUCAGUGGUACUACUAGGGAACUGUUCAGAAACAAAAUCAUGGCUUCUCUAAAUAUUGUCAUCAGCAGCCAGAAACGAUCAGCUGAUAUUGUAUACAAGAUUGUUCAGAAGAUCCGGGACAUGGAGGAGAACGGGGAGUCAGGGAAGUCCAUAAUUGAUAUGAGUGAAAGUAUCACGGAGUCUGUCCAUUCUGCCUUCAAGACGCUCAAGAAGAUUAACAAGAAGAGUAAGCAAGAUGAUGGGGAGCAGGACCAAACUGCUCAGGGGCUUAAACUGCUUUACUCCUUGACAAUUCUUCAAGUAUACAAUGGAGAUGCGGACGCAGUAUCCAUGCUGGAUGAGCUCAAGAUGUGUUAUGACAAGUUCCUGAGCUACAAGAAGGCGAACGAUGAAGAAAGUGCCCAAGCUUCUGAUGCACUUGUCGAAAUACUGCUCAGCUUCGCCUCAAAGCCUUCUCACUUAUUCCGAAAGAUGAGUGAGCAGGUAUUUGGAGCCUUUGCAGAUAAAUUAACCCAUGCAGGGCUCGAGUCUCUACUUGCCGUCAUCGAUGCAAAGGAAAGUCUAGCAGGCCAACAGGAGUUAUUUGAUAAGGAUGAUGAUGAGGAUGAAGGUGAAGACGACGAUGACGAAGAAAUUGAUAGUGAUGUUGAGAUGAUUGACGGCUCUGAUGUUGAGGUCGUCGACGCUGCAUCGGAAUCCGAAUCCGACGAUGAAGACGAGGAGGAAGAGGAAGAGGAAGAUGGCGAAAACGAGAAAAACCUAGCUGAAUUUGAUGCCAAACUCGCAGCUGCACUAGGCACCCAUCGUGCAGACAAAGACCUCGAAGCAUCUGAUGGAUCUGACGACGGUUCCGACAUGGGAGACGACGAUAUGGAGGCCCUAGACGCACAACUGGUCAAGGUCUUCCAGGCCCGCGAACAGGCAUCAAACAAGAAAAAAGAUAAAAAGGACGCCAAAGAGACGAUGAUCAAUUUCAAGAACAGAGUGCUCGAUCUACUCGACAUAUACGUCAAGAAAUGCCACUCUAACCCGCUCGCACUCGAAAUUAUCAUUCCACUCCUACGGCUAUUACGGAAAUCAAGCGUGCAGCAGCUUGUGCAGAAAGCAGCGAAUGUUCUGCGAGAGUACACUCGGCUCUGCAAGGGUUCCGCCGUUCCUGAAGUUGAAUCCGCCGAGCCCAUCUGGAAGAUGCUUGGACAGGUUCAUUAUGAAGCUAUGCGCAGUGCGUCUGGACCGCAUGGUGCGUCGUGCAGCCAGGCAAGCCUGCUUCUUGUCAAGGUGCUUGUGGCUCAUGAUAAGGAGUCCAUCUCGGGAAUUGUUGAUGUCUAUGCUGAUACGAGAAAGCAGCAGCUGUUGAGCAACAAGUGUCAUGUUCAGCCGUCUUUCUUCUCGGACUGGAAUAGUUGGUGUGUGUCUGCUAGCAAGCAGCUGAAGAACUGA